AUGCAACGCUUUGCCUCGGUGACGAUCAGCCCUACCUUGCAGAAACACGGCAACAUAAGGCAAGAUGUAGUCUCCGCUCAAGGCAUGACGAUAGAAGCGUCCAUCGUCUCACACUCGGGCCAACACCUCAGCUUUGCGAGACCCUCCGUCUCGACCCGAAUGGCACCGGGCGCCGGCGACUCAGGCAUGGAUCAUGCACUGUUCAGCGAUGGCACGAUGGAAAGUUCCAAGGGAGGGUUCUCCCCGAUUGCUUUCUCCGCAUCGCCGUCUCCGCCUCCGCAUCUCCCCUUUUCCCCUCCCCCGCCCGACGGUGUUGGUCCCGGCGGUGCACCGUGCCCGGCCGCCGGUGUUGUAGUCUCCACCUCAUUCGGGGGAGAUGGAGGAAGGGAAAAGCCAAAAAAACGGCGACAUGACAUCAUCACUGCAACACCCCCACCUGCUGCAUCCAACAGCCCAACCACCAACCUUUUCCGACGUCACUGGGCAUCUUUUGAUGCUUUGGACGUCUUGUUCAAACCUGUUCCAGCGACUACAGCAGUGAACAAGUUUGAGCCAACGAUUCAUUGCAAUGCAAAGAUUGUGUCAACUCAGGUACCGACCGCAGACAUUACGUUUCGACCAACCUCCCACUACGCGGCAAAGGAUCCACUGACUCCUUCGCUGCCAACCUCCUCUUGCGUUCUUUUCUCUCUCGCGCCUGGCUACUCGCAAUUCAAGAUUGCUUCUGCUGCUUCGACUAGUCUCAUUCGCUCCUGCGCAAAAGCCUAG